AUGGCAGUGCGGCUCCUCCCGCGCCAAGCCUGAGCACUCGCACCUUUCGCUCGAAAUCCUCUGCCGCCAACGACUUGACUUGAGCCAGCGCCCAUCGACAUCUGCCACUCGACACAACAACACCGCCAUCAUGGGUAAGGGAAAGCCAAGAGGUCUUUUGGCCGCGCGCAAGCUCCGCAACCACCGCCGUGAGCAGCAGUGGGCAGAUCUCCACUACAAGAAGAGACUGUUGGGUACCGCAUACAAGUCCUCGCCAUUCGGAGGUUCUUCCCACGCCAAGGGCAUUGUCCUCGAAAAGGUCGGUGUUGAGGCCAAGCAGCCAAACUCCGCCAUCCGAAAGUGCGUGCGUGUGCAGCUCAUCAAGAACGGCAAGAAGGUCACCGCUUUCGUGCCAAAUGACGGUUGCUUGAACUUCGUCGACGAGAACGACGAGGUCCUGCUCGCUGGUUUCGGUCGUAAGGGCAAGGCCAAGGGUGAUAUUCCUGGUGUGCGUUUCAAGGUCGUCAAGGUGUCUGGUGUCGGUCUCAGCGCCCUGUGGAAGGAGAAGAAGGAGAAGCCACGUUCAUAGACGACUGAAAUGCAUGGGCACGGCUUGCGGGUAUCAUCGGGCGUUUUGAAGAGCGGCAUCAUCAUGAAAGACAAAGGUGUACUUUCUAGCUUGGCCUUUUGCUGGACUUCUGCUUCACGCACCGCAGAGGCUGACGGCGACACCUAGAGCUACGCGAUACGGAAUGAGAAAACUGAACUUCAUUGCCGGGCGUCAGUCAAAGAUCGUUCUUCGAUACAAACAGUACCACAUGAUACCCAGUACUCUUGCGUCCGAGAAAUGUCCAAGUAAAUGUCGAGAUUCUCAUCCGAUGCAUGGAGACGUCGCGAUAAGUCCCGAGUAUGAUCACCGCUCUCGGCGCCAAUCAGCAACAUGCCAAUAUGGUACAGCAUUGAAGGGCGCUGAUCAACAUGAAGUCACUAGCAAAAGUCGGCCAUUUCAAGCAUGUUCGAGCCGUGGCAUUGAAAUUGUGCUUGAUACAGUCUCUACAUGAGGCGGCAAAUGCGGCAAAAUAGCCAUGCUUGCAUGGGCAAGUUCCUGCAGUGAGGAUGACAUCGACAACCUCGGCCUGCGGCUCAGCCAAAAUCCCCAGCUUUGUCCCCGCCACGCCC